GUGGAGCUGCUGGCGAGCCAUGGCCGCCGCCAACCCGUGGGACCCGGCGUCCGCGCCCAACGCCGCCGGGCAGCUGCUGGACCGCUUGGUGGCUUCGGGGAUAGUCACUGAGGAGAUGUUAAAUAUAUCUAAGAAAAGAGCUCCUUGUUUUGUGAACUUCUCUAGACAACAGCAGAUCUCAGAUAUUCAAGCUGAAAUCUACCAGAAAAGCCUAGAAAUUGAGCUUUUGGAACUAGAAAAAGAUACAGCAGAUCUCGUUCAGCCUUCCUAUUUGGCUGAGAAGUGUCACAUUCUGCAGAGCAUGAAUAGUCACCUGGAAGCAGUGCUGAAAGAGAAGAGGUCCCUUAGGCAACGACUGUUGAAGCCCAUGUGCCAGGAAAACUUACCUUUGGAAGCCAUUUACCACAGAUCUAUGGUACAUUUGGUGGAAUUGGCUGUGACUUUCAUUGAGAGACUGGAAACCCAUCUAGAAACAAUUAGAAAUGUCCCUCAUUUAGAUGCAAGCCUAAAGAAAAUGAACAAGGCUUUAGCUAAUAUGGAUGUUUUGGUGGCUAAGACGGAAGAACUGGCAGAGAAUAUACUCACAUGGCGAGAACAGCAAAAGGAGAUUUCCUUAUAUAUCCCCAAAAUACUAGCUGAAGAAAAUUACCUUCAUAAAUAUAAUACCUCUCUUAGCAGUUGUUCUUGAAGUUCAUAUCCAAACUUAAUGCCAGGUGGUCAUCAACUUAUUUUGCUUAAUUACAUGUUGUCAGGUAUAGUCCAUUCUUGGUUGGUCAUGCGUAUUCGUAGGCUUUGCUUCUAGCACAUGGAAAGAACCCUCUUCAUAUUGGAGUAUUAAUACUUAGGUUCAUUAGGACCAAAGUGUCUCCCUUUGUUCAGCAUGUUUUCAUUCUGUUCUUCUGUAAAGCUAAUAAAGAUUAAGAUAAUUUAAUAA